AUGCAACAGCGGCCAAAAGUUUACCAAGGAAAAUGGAGAAUAUCCAUCCUCCCUUCAACGGCCAACUAUGUUCUCACUAUUUCUUUCCCAUCUUCCAGAAAUAUUAAGAAACGCCUGGUAUGGGAAAACUUGCGCCUGUUGGUUAUCUCGGAAGCAGACCAUUAUAGCAUUACUGUGAGAUUCAACGCACUUGAAGUAUUCUCAGCGGAAAACUCCUUAUCUCUCAUUCUUGCAUCCGAAGUAGACGUUUUCAGCGUCCAGACUACCACCGCGAAGGCCAGAAAGCUCGCUGCUCCAGUUGAUCCGGUUAAAUUCAAGAAACAUUUAAGAAUUGUCAAAGCUGGCUCUCAGCCCAAGAUCCCGCUGGCUCGAGAUGUGUGCUUUCCGUUCGACCCUUCAUGA